UUGGAGUUAGAGCUUUUGACAGUAUAAAUAUAUAUAUAUAUAUAUAUAUUUAUAUAUACACACAUAUAGGUUGUCUUCCUAUGAAAAGGUCUUUGAUAACUACAUUCCUGAUGACGCCUUUUCAAUUAGGCCCAAUUCUAAAUGUAGCCCUAUAUUUCACGACUCCAAAUCUCGAAGAAGCUUUAUCUGACCAGUUUCUAGACAAAAUCAAUUUCAGAAACUGGAUAUGUAAUUUCACGCAUGCCAUUUUAGCUAUGUCUAGAAAUUAUUAAUAAGAUAUUAGAAAUUCAUAAUAGAUUCGAAACUAGAAGAGAUUUUGUCUAUUGACAGAUACUUAAUCGAAAUAACAGCUCUUCUUCCGGUUACGCAGUAGAGGAAUGGGUCAUCGUCGAAUCUUGGAAGAAAUAUGGACCAAGAUUCGCGCACAUCCGUUCAACCGCACUCAUUCCACCAAAUAUAGUCAGAAACAACAUAACAAAAGAAACUAAUUUUUUCAUCUCGAAUUUCCAGUCCAGCGCUUUUUCUAUUAGACUUCUCAUAUGAAACUUCAAAUGAACCAGAAUUGAUCCAGCUAUCAAAGUCGACUUCAAUAUGGAAACCAAAGAAAUUGAUAUAAAUCUCCAAAUAGAAAGAAUCGGCUUCGGAAAGUUCCAAAUUAUUGUUUUAGCUAUAGUGUUGCUGAGGCAAUUUUCAUAUUCAUCUACAGCCAGUCUUCUCGUCAUAUUGGAGCCCUAUCUUCGUUGCUAUUGGAAAUUGAGUUACAUGACAGCAGCAUGGCUUGUCUUGCCUGAAGCUAUCACUAAAAUAGUUGGAUCGAUUUUACUUGGCAAAAUGUCAGAUCGGUAUGGAAGGCGCAAGACGAUGAUACUUGCUUUCGUUUUCAAUUCAUAUUUGACUCUCCUUUUUUCGCUAUCCACCAGCACAGUUCUGUUGUCAAUAAUACGAGGGGUUAUUGGACUCGUCUCGUCAAGCACCAUGAUAGCAUUUACCUAUGCAAUGGAAAUUCUGCCAAUAUCAAAACGAAAAUACAUGUCUAUUUUUGCUGCAGGGUUUUUUGCAGGAUGUGGGUAUGGCAUUUUAGUUGCUAUGGUUUCGCUGGAGUAUCUAUCAUGGCGAUGGUUCGACGCUUUUGCAGAGACCAUUCCGAUAACGUUAGCGGCACUUGCAGUGCUAUUUCUGCCGGAAUCUCCACGAUAUUUGAUGGCCGUUGGAAAAACGGAUGAGGCAAAAGAGACUCUCCAAAGAAUUGCUAAAAGGAACGGAGCACUGGAUAGAUUUUCGGCAUUUCCUUCGUAUGAAUCUACUAAUGCUGUGACAAUAAAACAUUUUAAAACGAAUGUUGAUGAGCGACAGCAGCAAUCAAAAUACGAAAUGGCAAAAAGGAUUGUUGUAGUAGCUUUUUUGCAAUUUUAUGGCGAUAUUGUCUCUGCAACAGUACGUUUUGGCUCAAUGCAGUUCGGGGAGAAUUCUGAUGUUUCCAAGAGCGGAAAAUGUUCCGAGAAUUUGACAUACAAAUAUCGAUGGGCGGUAGAAACCGCUGGUUUUUUCGCUGUUUUCACUUCUUACUCGCUAUUAGGCAAAGUUAGCAGAGGGCUUACAAUGAAAAUCUUGGUAGUUUUUCUAGGUGCUUGUCUUAUACCAUUUUAUUGGCCUUUACGUGGAUGGCCUUUGCUCGUUGCAAUCGCUCUCACUGAAUUCGGGGCUGCAACGCUGAUUAAUAUUAUAUUAGUCUAUAGAGCCGAACUACUUCCUACGUCGAUAAGAACAAGCGGGUGCGGUAUUUCUGAUGCUUUUGGUCAGUUCGGUAUUUUGUGUGGCCAGUUUAUUGCUAUAUAUCUUCAUCACAUUAGUAUAAGUCUUUCUUUUGGCAUUUUACAUGGUUUCACCGCAGUAGGUAUUUUUAUUGUAUUUUAUGGUAUCACAGAGACAAAGCAUCAGCUAUUGUUUCUAUGAUACCAGUCAGGCAUACAAACUUUGUACUGAUUCAUAUAUGUCCCACUAAUGCAUAUUCAUAUAUUUAGAAGUCUUAUGAUGGCCUAUUUCUUGGUUGUUGCAGAUCCAACUUUCUACAUUUCGGAAAACAUUUUUUAAAUGUUACUCGAUUACCACUAGAAACCUGGCGCGAAUAACACAAUGCCCCCUUUAGCUAUUUGCAAGUGCCGUUUUAGGAGAAGUAUAUGUACCCUUGUAGGACUUUAUUGUCACAGUGUCUCGUUUGCCUGUGCAAAUUAGUUGGCAAGUAAAAUGGAGAGCCAAAGCAGUUUUCAAAAUGAAUUUCACAAAAACUACUUAAUGAAGCGUUUAUGAAGCCGUUUCCGAUUCAAGUUUUUGUCACAAAAGAUCUCAAGAUACUUGCUUGAUACUUGUUUUUUUUGCAUAAUAGACUCGUCAUUCAUUGCCAAGGUCGGUUUAUUGAAAGGAAAGGGGAGAUAUGAGGCCAAAGUACUCACUCAACAUAAAAAGUUAAUCCAUUUGCGGCCUUUUAGUCUGAAACUGUAACUUGUUCAUUGUUGUUGUGAAGUUAAGUUUUGGUAUCCCUCGCGUGCAAGAGAAAAGUAGCACGUGGUAAGUGCAAAGGUCAUUAUGCCAUAUAAGGUUAUAACGGAAACACACACAUGGGUGUAGUAUGUUCUGCAGCAAGAGUUGUAGUUAGUUACAAGAAGGAGCUCCAGUAGAAAGGAUAUAUAUUAGAGACAGCCACACCCUGGCGUAGGCCAGUUGAGUGGUAAGGAGUAACUCACGCGGAUUUGUCAAGUAAUCAUCAACCGGUUAGUCAUAAUUAGGCCUUAUAUAAAUAUUGCAUAUAGAUAUAAAACGUCAUCAUGGUGUCUUCAUCGUCUCUGCCCUGAGAAUCCAGAAAGAUACAUAAAAUCUUUACAACAAUUGUUGACAAGACUUCAGUGAGUCUAUAUAUUGUAAUAAAAUAAAAAUUCCAAAAUGGAGUCCGUAGUAGAUGAUGUUAUUGUGCAAUCUAAAACAUUUGAAUUUUGAUAUUUUAAAUUAGCAGUUAGUCGAUAUAAUUAGGGGCGUCGUUAAGGAGGGUACGGGGUUGGUGUACCCUCGACACUUUGCAACAUUCUUGCAACAAUUGUAACGUAUUGACAUUUCUGUAGUAGUUUAAAUUUUAAAGUAUGACACUAAAGUAUGAAUUUUGAAAUAGAAACACAAAAAACAACAUAUAAGAUUAUCUUUCUUCUGACCACAACUCGAAGAGUUUGGUCUAGUGCGCCCCUUCUCGUUCUGGUGUGCUGAUAUUACCCAAUCAGGAGCGAGUGUACAGAUUUCUGUACGUUCAAAGGUCACAGCAAAACAAUAAACUUAGCUCUGGUAUAAAACAUUGAACAGAACACAACAUAAAUAAAUGCUAGCGACCGUAACGAUUGAGUUUGAAGAUGCUGUUAAAACUGUACUCAAAGAAUAUUUUCCGCAUGUUGUGGAACUUAACACAGAACAGCAUUGAAAGCCUUGUUUGUAGAGAAAAGAGACACCUUCGCCAUAUUGCCAACUGGCUUUGGAAAGUCUCUGAUAUUUCAGGCUGUGCCUCUCAUGAAAAGAUAUUAGGCCUUGUAGUGAAAUGCAUUAAAUAAGAAGCGCCGAAAACAAACAACACCAAACACAAGUAAAUCAGUUAUAACGGGGCUUCGGGGCUUAGCUUGUCGUAUUGGCCUUUUUUGCUGUGAUGAACUUCAAACGUGACGAAUCAAACCGCCGCGGUGUCUAAGCACGCUGCCUUCACAGUGAGGAAGUAGACUUUGAAAGUACACAUAAAAUUUUUGAGGAAAAUUACAAAAUACUUAUUUUAAGUUGUGUACGAAAUUUAAUAAUGAUUAACAUUUAAUAACUGCAAUGUGCUAACUUUAAUUUCAUGCUUCGCACAUGUUCUUUGCUGCCAAAUGGCGUUUUAAACCUGAUUUGAUUGAAAUCUUGAGGCAGAAAAGUCUAUUAUCACUGUAUUAAUAAUGUCAACUUUACAGAACUAUAUAAAAUACAUUUGCUUUAAAAUUUCACAAAACUUCUCUGACUACUGAGUUUCUUUGUUAUUUAUCUGACAGUCUUGUUUCACAGGCCUAGUCUGUUAAAUAGACUUCAGUUCUUUCAAGUAACUUCACCAGAACGAGAAUGGGGCGCACUAGACCAGACUCUCUAUUAUUUUAUAUAGUGAGUCUGGUACUCAGGGUACAAUCCCGUAUGAUGUUGUCUUCAUUUUUGGCAACCGCAAAUGAUUUCCACUUUUCAGAUUGUAUUGAAUAUCUCUCUCAGUAAAAAUGUUUUUCAUAACUCUUGGAUUUAGAUUGUUUUUGGUUUUGAAUAUUUUAAUCAUUAGCUGAUUGUGCUGAUGAAUAGUUCCAUAUUUUUUCUUUAACUCGGCUAGCACUGAUUCACUAUCUUUGCAUACUUGUCAUUGUUGCUCCUGGAGUAAAAUUUGACAAGUAGUGUCACAAAAAGCA